UGCUGACUUUAUAAGGUACGCUUCACCCCGCAACCCUUCCUCUCUCGUUCCUUUCCCUUUCUCGAGGCUUCUGAGUCGACUCAGCUGUCAAGCCGUACUGCCUGAGCCUGACUGCCUUGAUAUCGCGCCUGUUGUCCGGCAACAGUCAGAAUGCUUCCACUUGCUCCUUUGACUCCUGGCCUCGGCCUCCUUGCCCUUGCUUCCCUCGUUGCCGCUCAGUCGGGCCUCAAGCAUGAAGUGCUGGGAACAUUCAUCUAUACUACCUAUGGAGAUCGGACUCCCUUUGUAUUUGACACUCCCACCACGUUGACCCCUCUGGGCGCCCACCAGCUCUAUGACGCUGGCGCCAAGGUUCGAGAGCGAUAUGUGACUCCGAUCGAGGGUGAUGGCAUCAAGACAACCAUUCGUGACAUUUCGCCAUUUCAGCUGCAAUAUGAUCAGCUGAACAUCCUGACUUCUCAAGACCAGUAUAUCACUGGCUCCGCUCAAGCCUUCCUCCAGGGCUUGUACCCACCCUUGGAGACCUUUUCCAAUUACACCUACAUCCAAGGCCUAAGUACCAUUGAAAAUGGCACCAAUCUGGUUGCCCCGCUCAGUGGUUACCAGUAUCCCAGUAUCCUCACCGUCACCAGCAAUGACCUUAACUCCAUCUGGCUGGACGGCAGCAAGAAUUGCCCAGCCUACAGGUCGGCAGCCAACGACUAUUACCGGACCGAUACUUUCAGAGAAAUCCGCAACCAAAGCCAAGAUUUCUACCAGAGUCUGCAACAAGAUUUCCUCCGCGGCCACUUCCCCAGCGGUGCUGGCUAUCUCGACGCAUACUACAUCUACGAUUACCUGCAUUAUGCCAAUAUCCACAACACUACAGUGGCUGAUCUGCUGCAACCCCAGGAUCUUGUCCAAGCAAAAGCCCUUGCCGCAGAUUGGCUUUUUGCUCUCAACACCAAUGCCGCCAUUUCUGGCACCAGCCAAAAUAGCAUUCGCGCCAUGGCGGGGAGGACUUUGGCCACUCGCAUCCUCCAGUCCUUGUAUGCCAUUGUCAACACGCGGGGUAACUCGGCCAAGAUGACCCUCCUUUUCGGAAGCUUUGAGCCAAUGAUCUCAUUCGCCUCAUUGGCUGGCUUGACGUCGCCCCAGAAUGCUGCAUUUUACAACAUUCCUGAGCCUGGUUCCAGCUUCAUCUUCGAGUUGUAUUCGAUUCAGGCUCAGAAUGAUACUACAUACCCUGAUAAUGAUGAAAUCUUCGUCAGGUUCUAUUACCAAAAUGGCACCGGCUCUGAUUCCAGCCUCGUCGAAUAUCCCUUGUUCGGUAUGGGUCCUAGUCAGACCCUGAUCCCAUUGUCUGAUUUCGUGAGCGGCAUCCAGCGAUUUAUGGUACUCAAUGUCGAAGAGUGGUGCAGGACGUGCAAUUCUUACUCGGUCUUUUGCCCCGCCUUUGUCGACAAUAAUGGCAGCCUUGACCCAACCACAACAACACCCGCUUCCUCUCGCAAAGGCCUCUCGCCAGCCGUCGCUGGUGUAAUUGGGGCAGUGGUGACACUGGUUUUUGCGGCUCUUCUUUUCCUGGCCUUGGCUCUCCUGGCGGGAUUCCGAGUCAGCCGUGUGCACAAGAGCCGUAAAUCUGACCUUGGGGGAUUCAAGGGGUCCGAGAGACUCGCAAGCGACCAAGAUCUGACUAUCCCCAAGGGCGGUGCUGGAGCAACGGUAAUUUCAAGCCCAGAUCCUGCGCAGGUUCGUGGCCACGAGCGUGUGGGAAGCUGGGAGCUGCGCGACCAGGCUAAAGCUGAAGAGGCUCAGGGACGCAUUAUCAGUCCCGAUCUGACCAGACCGAGGCGUCCGAGUUUUGAGGACGAUGACAUGCCCAUCAAUCCCUUUACUUCUCCGGUCGACCCACGCAAUCACGUCUGAUGCACCCAUAGUUGAUUGACUACCGUUUCGAAUUCAUGUUGGAGUUGGCGAAGGUUGGCGCAUGUGAUGGAUGAAACCCGUCUCCUGGGUCAAUAGCAUGAGUCAAGUGAUAUGAUUGUUUUUCUGCCGAUACCCAUCAGAUGCAUUGAUAAUUGUUGACAAUACAUGUAGAUCGCCCAAUUGUGCCAGCACAUGGUGAUUCUUCACUAUUCUUCACUGUUCUUCGCUUCCCGAUCAAGAUUCUGCCAGGCCCCUUCCACUGAUUCCCUC